UAAACAUUUGAACCUUGAUACGUUCUUUAUUUUCUUCGUGCGGUCACUCAUCUCGCCGCUUUACAUUUGUCUGCAAUAUUUUUAGCUUCGCAGAGGCGCGGGUUUCAUAAAGCGGACGUCACAUGCGGUGUGACUGGAAGCGUCCAGUCACCGGGAAAAACAUUUGAAUCAACCUAAAACCCAGGAUUCCCACACAGCCACCCUUAAUGAAACCAUCUGAUUAGCCUCACUCAGCGGUCAUUGGCUUUUAUAUCUUAGUUGUAACAUUUCUUAGCGCUUGAGUAAUAGAAGUUGUUUAGUUGGUGACUCUAGAUGAGGUCAGAGAGGGGGAAAAUAGUUUGAACUACACUUCAAGAUACCCAAAGGCAGCAUAAUUAUUAGUAAAAUAAAUAAAAAAAAAAGAUCCUGGCUGGAUAUUUAUUUUUUUGCCGUUACGUUAAACAGCCUUAGCAUCAAAAAGGUCAGUUUUAAGGUUAAAAUCUUCAUAUUUGACAGUAACGGGCCUGCAAAGUAAGCCUAAAACAACCGGUUCCUGCUCAAACCUUUUCAAUUAACACCAAUUAAUAAAUGCCCCCCUCCCAUGGAUGUAGACUGUUAUCUGAGCAUCGUCCGGUUACAGGGUUUCCACUGAAUGACACAGCAUAACCACACACACGGCCUCAACCGUAAAUGACUCGGUACGCGUGAUGGAAAACUCUUGACCUUAAAGGAACAAAUGGUCACAAAAGAGAGAGGAAAUCCCCUUUAAAGGGGAAGUUUGGAUAAAUGCAUAAAGCCCAAGUUGCAGACAGCAGACGCCGCUAACCGGACGGGUCGACAUGAAGCUGCAGUCUGCUCUCAGAGCUUUGGGAUGCCUGUGCCUGCUGCUUGCAGAUGGAUUUCCAGUUUCAGAGUUCGACUCUCCGAAGAUCAUCGGGCCUCUCCGGAACCAAAUAAAAGCGGACGCAGGCGAGCAGCUGGUUCUCCACUGUGACGCUCUGCCGAACUGCGACGACGACGAGGCUCUCAUCUACUGGCUCGUGGACGGCUCCUUCCCCGAAGACGCGCCCAGCAGCGACCGAAUAAUCGAAUCAAACGAGUUAAUGGAAGGGUCGAUCCUGCAGAAGAAUUUACUGCUGAAAAACGUCACGCCGGACGACUUCAACUCCACCUUCAGCUGCGUUGUGACGAACGCUGUGGGGAUGGCGCAAAAGUUCAUCAGGUUGACGAGCACCGACUGUGGCGGUAAACAAUGAGUCGAGGCACUUUGCUGAUGUAUUUAUCCGGCGCUACGCACGUCUGGCAUUAGUUGCACGUCUUCCCGGCGGAUGAGUCCCUUCGGUCACAGCGAUGGCGAAACACGGUCUCUCAGAUGCUGAUGUCCAUUUGCACGUUUAUUUUAUUUUUUUUGUUACUAUGGGUGUUGCUUGUACAAUUAUGCAUUUUUUUUCCCCACAGCGUUCUGUAAAUCAGCUGCUGUAUUUUCCUGUUUCACUGAAUAUUGCAUUUAUCUGAUUAUCAUUAGUGUCUCUGAAGCUAAGGUACACUUGCACACGCCUUAGACUUAGACAACUUUGUCAUUUUCUAUGUACAGAGUGCGUACAGAACGAAAUGUUGUUUGCAUACAGCUUGAAAAAUUACAGUAGCUACUGAGAUGUUGCUGUGCAAUCAUGCAUGUUUAAUCUUUUUUCUCACUUCAUUGUGUCAAUCAGCUGCUGCAUUUCCUCUGUUUAACUUGAAUAUUGUUUUUUUUUU